GCCAUUUUGUUUGUCGCGUGCCGCCAAAGAGGAAUUACCUGUUAAAAUAUUUAUUGGUAAAAAGUGCAUGGAAAAAUGGAUCUGGACAAGUUAAAAGUUGUCGAUUUGCGUAAGGAAUUGCAGGACAGAGGCCUGGACACCAAGGGAGUGAAAGCGGUGCUGGUAAAACGUCUGAAAUUGGCUAUGGACCAGGAAGCCGAGGAAGUCGGUGGAAAGGUUCCUUCUCAAGCUUCGCCACAAAAAGAUCCUGGAGAUGCAGUUGAUAAGCCAGCUGAAGUCAAAGAAGAAGCUUCACCGACUAAAGCAGAUGCACCUGCACCAAUAAAGCAAGACCCACAAACACCCAAAAGAGAACCAGUCAAAACUGCAGCCGAGAAGAAAGAAUCGCCAGUGAUUCAGCAAAGUCCUCAAAAACCAGCAGUAGUUGGUUCAGUCAAAGCUGCUUCUCCUGUUAAAGCUGCUUCACCUGUUAAAGCUGCUUCACCAGUUAAAACUGCUUCACCAAUUAAAGAAGCUUCACCCACUAAAACUGCUUCACCCAUUAAAGCUGCUUCACCAGUUAAAGCAGAAGCUUCACCUAUCAAACAAGCCUCAUCCACUGAAGAGGCUUCACCAACUAAAGCCGAAACUGAAGAGGAGAAGGUUGAAGAAGUAAAAUCAGAAAAAAUGGAAGUGGAAAUUGAAGGUGACAAUGUAAAUGAAACAGAAGGCAAAGGUGAAAAACGAAAACGCGACGAAGAAGAUGAACAAGAUGAAACUCAAGAGGCAACACCAGACAAAAGAAAAAGACGAAGAAAGCAUGACAAUGCCACAUCAGAGCAGACACCAGAAACAGAAACGAAACGGGAACCCCCCAAGGAAGACGAACCCGAAAUCGAUGACCAAAAAACCCAAUUGAGUUGGUACGAUUCAGAUUUGAACCUAAAAAUUGACAGGACAAACUUCCUAUCAGCCAAACCUUAUCACGACGGUUGUUUUGGCUAUGUUUGGGCAGGGGCACGUGCCAAUCACGGCAUUUCUUCUGGAAAAAUUUGCUACGAAGUUAAAAUAACUGAAGAACUUAAAUGGGAAGAUUUGGCUGGCAGAAUCAAGGACAGGGAAAAUCACAGAAAAGAUAGAAAUAAGGCCAGCGCAAAUAAAGUGAUUGUAACUGAAGAAAAUGGCGAAAAAGUAGAUGCGGCGAUGGAUGUUUCAGACGUAGCAACUGAUGACAAUAAAGUAGAAUCUAAUGAAGAUGAAAAACAACAAACAGAAGAAGUUGAGGCAAAAACAGAAGAAGUUGAAGCAAAAACAGAAGAAGUUGAAACAAAAACAGAAGAAGUUGAUGAAUCAAAAACAGAAGUAGAAGAAGAUGCUGCAAAAGAAGAGGAAAAGGCAAAUGAAGAGGAAGAAGAGAAACCAAAAGAAGAAGAAAUAAUCAAACCAUCCAUCCCCACUCAUUAUUUCCGUGUAGGUUUCUCUUUGAAGGGCACCUCUUUGCAAUUGGGUGAAUGUAAAUAUUCUUACGCCUACGAAUCAACUGGAAGAUUCCUCACCAACAAAGAAUUCCAAGAUUAUGGUGCCACUUUUGGAAUUGGUGACGUUAUUGGAGCAUAUUUGAGCAUUGAUGACAAUGAUGUCUGUAUUACGUUUACUGUUAAUGGUGUUGCUCAACCAACAAUUACCAUUUCGAGGAGCGAAAUUGAAGAUGUAGAAGACUUGGUCUUGUUUCCUCAUGUGCUUUGCAGAAACUAUGCUUUUGAAGUUAACUAUGGAGCACAGGAAGAACCUUGGUUUGCUAUACCUGAGGAUUUAAAAGAAUAUCAGUUUUUGCAGAGUUUUGAUGGAAAAGUUGAUGGACCGAAAAGGCCAGAAAAAAGGGAAGAUUGUGAGGCGUUACUUAUGAUAGGAUUGCCUGGUUCAGGUAAAACUCAUUGGGUCAAUAACCAUGUUGCAAAUAACCCAGACAAACUGUACACAGUUAUUGGUAAUAAACCAAUUUUUGAUAGAAUGACGGUUGAAGCUGAACCGAUGAGAAGUCGUUUCCCUGGCUCUUGGAAAAUUCUGGUGGAUCGCAUGCAGAAAUGUUUGAACCAGCUUACUGAUCAAGCUAGUGGCAGGAGACGUAAUUUUAUUAUUGAUCAGACGAACGUGUUCCCGAACGCACAGCGUCGCAAACUGCGCGGAUUUGAGGGUUUCAAGCGCAAGGCAAUCGUUGUGGUGUGCGAGGACGAAGAGCACAAGCGCAGGCAAACGGACCAGCAAAACGACUACGGUAAAAUCGUACCAGAGAGCACCAUGUACGACCUAAAAGCCCAAUUUGAACUGCCCCAGCAGACCGAUCACUGGAUAGAAGAAAUCGUCUACUCCGAUUUGCAAGAGGAAGAAGCCACCCAAAAAGUCAAACAGUACAAUGAGGAGGCCAACAAAAAAGGCUAUUUCAAAAGAAAAUUCCCACAAAGGAACAAUAGGUUCCAGCCAAUCCGGAACUUCCGCGGCAGACGAGGGGCCGGCGGCAAUUUCAGACAAAUCCGGGAGGUGCGUCCCAAUUGGAACAGACCCCACAGUUCUUGGGGUAACGCCCAGCAAAACCCCAGACCUCAACAGGGUUACGGUUCAUUCAGGGCCAGAGGCAAUCAACAAAAUAGACGCGACAGUGGCGGCUACAAUAGAAACCAGGCACGAAACGCCAAUAAUUGGCAAAGCGGAGGCGGUAACUGGGGUAACAAUCAAAGAGGUUGGAAUGCUUCAUUGUACGGAAGUCAAAGUUACGGUGCCUGGAACCAAGGCAACCAACAAUAUGGGGCGCAAGCGCAAAGAGGCUACGGCUACAACCAGGGAGGCUAUGGCCAAUCUUAUAAUCAAGGUUACGGUAGUGGUACGCAAAACUACGGGGGUCAGGGCCAAGGCUACGGGCCACAAAAUUGGAACUGGAGCUACGCCCAGUAUAAUCAGCAGCAGCAAGGGUGGGGCAACGCUGCUCAACAGAAUAAAAGGAAAUAGAGAGCUUGCUGAUGGGGAAGCAAGGUGUUUUGCACUGUUUGCAAAGCUGUAAUUGUAUAUAAUUAGUUUAGAUUUUGAAAAAUCUAAUUGAAUUUUAUUUAGAUUAACGCUUUUUUUUUACUAUGAAUAUCUCUUGAUGUACAAACAAAUAUUUUGAUGGUAUUAUUUUCUUGAAUGUAUGUAUAUAUUGAAGUAGUGUUUUUUUUUUAUGAAUGUUUCUUUGUAUGACUUUAUUCUAGUGCUCCUCAAUUUAUCCUAGAUUUAAUUUGUAUUACGUUUAGGCAAAAAUAUUCAAUUUCAAUAAUGAAGAAAAUCGUAUAUUGUAAAAUAAUGGAUUUUGAAAUAAACCGUAGAUUUAUUA